AUGGGCUCUGGAUCCUCUCCCCCGGGCCCCAAACCCAAAUCCGCCAUCCCGUCUCACCUGCUGAAUGGCGGCUCUCCUCUGCACCUCUCGACGAAUGUGCGCGAUGCUCGCGAACGGGACAAUCUCAAUUCUUCCAUUCGUUCGUCUUUCGAUCCUCGCCGGCCCGCCGAGUUCGACCUCCCCGCAACCCAAGUCCAUCACUCGACUGAGGACGCCAAUAUCAGCUCGACCGGUGCCAUUCGAAGCCCAGUGGCUGUCAGGCCGACUUUGAGUGACCCUCCCCGUGAUCCCAGAGACGAAGGUGCUCCGUUGACCCCACCUGCAACCGUGAGCCGCCCGGCAAGCCCGUAUACGAUGAACCCUCCGAUUGACUUUGAUGGACUGAGCUGGCCUUGUCCCGGGACCAGGGCGCGAUUGGAGUCUACUCCGGAGGAGAACGAAGAGCGUAUCAAAAAGCUUUCUGAUGCUGUUAGAACCAUUCUGGAAUGCGUUGGAGAGGACCCAGAGCGGGAGGGUCUCAGAGAGACUCCCGAACGGUACGCAAAAGCCAUGUUGUUCUUCACCAAGGGCUAUGAGGAGAACGUGCGGGAUCUCGUGAAUGGAGCGGUCUUUCACGAGGACCAUGACGAGUUGGUCAUUGUGAAAGAUAUAGACGUGUUCUCGCUUUGCGAGCACCACAUGGUCCCCUUUACGGGAAAGAUGCACAUUGGAUAUAUCCCCGAUCGUCGCGUACUCGGUCUCUCGAAGCUGGCUCGUCUGGCGGAGAUGUUCUCCCGCAGGUUACAGGUCCAGGAACGUCUCACAAAGCAGGUUGCUCUGGCAAUCUCGGAGGUUCUCAAACCACGCGGUGUAGGCGUGGUCAUGGAAUCUUCUCACCUCUGUAUGGUCAUGCGCGGUGUGCAGAAGCCUGGAAGCUCUACCACUACCAGCUGUAUGCUUGGAUGCAUGCGGUCCAGCGCAAAGACGAGGGAAGAAUUCCUUACCCUUCUGAAUCGGAGAUAA